AUGGUGAUGAAAUUAGGGAAAAACUUUGUGCCGCUCCUGCUGUUGGUGGUGGUCUCUACCACGUCGGUGUUUGGCCAGCACCCGAAUCGUCCGGUCCUGUCCGAAUGGAGUGAUCGAGAGUUCGCCCAGGUGCCGUCGGACGAUGCGCAGCCUCGGGACGACCAAAUCGACCAGAGCUACCGUCUGCCAACGCACACGGUACCCUCGCACUAUACGAUCCGUCUGCACACCGACCUGCACACGGGCAGCCGGGCAUUUCAGGGCAUCGUCGACAUCCACUUCGAUGUGAUCGUACCGACGGACACCAUUACCGUGCAUAACCGUGGGCUAUCAGUGUCAUUCGCUUCGCUGUACGCUAAGGAGGAGGAUGGACUUUUGGUGGAGUUUGGAUUCCCGCAACAUGAACUGGACACCCGUACCGAGCAGCUUACUUUCCGUUCGGGACAGGUACUUCCGCUCGGUAGCUACGUUCUGACGGUGACGUACAGCGGAAACCUGGAGACUUCCUCCAACAGUGGCUUCUUCUUGAAGUCCUACGUCAACGACGAGGGAGAACGUCGCUACGUCGGAACGACCCAAUUUGAGUCGACCAACGCUCGUAUGGCGUUCCCGUGCUACGACGAACCCCUGCUUAAGGCUACCUAUACACUGUGGAUUACGCACGUCGCUGAGUACAACACCGUCUCCAACAUGCCCGUCGAAGCCGUGGAACCGUCGGAAGAGCACGAGGGUUACGUAACGACGAAGUUCGGACCCACGCCGAAGAUGUCGACCUAUCUGCUGGCCUUCGGUGUGUCCGACUUCGUGGCGAUCGAAGAUGGACUGCAGCAGGUCUACGCUCGCCCGAACGCGAUCCAUGAGGCCAAGUUUGCCCUGGAAGCCGGUGUCCGUGUGCUCGAUGCCCUGAAUGCCUACACCGACGUGUCAUACUACGACUACAUGCCGAAGCUUUCCCAGAUGGCCAUUCCCGAUCGAGGAGGUGGUGCCAUGGAAAACUGGGGUCUUGUGAAGUACGGAGAACCGGCAUUGCUUUUCAACCCGGAGCGUAACACGUACCGCGCACGGAAAGGUAUUGCCGUCGUCAUUGCCCACGAGUACGCUCAUCAGUGGUUCGGGGACCUUGUUGGUCCGCACUGGUGGAGCUAUAUCUGGCUCAAUGAAGGAUUCGCCAAUCUCUACGGAUACAUUGGGGCCGAUCUUGCGUACCCUUCGGAGCGCUAUUGGGAUCUGUACGCGGUUGAGAACGUACAAAACGCGUUCGGACCCGAUUCCACUGACACCAUUCGACCGAUGACGCAGGAUGCCACAACACCGUCGGCCAUUUCGGGACUUUUCGAUUCGAUCGCUUAUGACAAAUCUGGAAGCGUGCUUAACAUGUUCCGUACGGUCCUCGGGGACGACAAUUUCCGUGCGGGUCUGAAGGUGUACCUUCUGAACCGUCAACUAGAUGGCGCGGUUGCGGAUGAUCUCUACGCCGGUCUGCAGGCAGCAAUCGACGAAAAGGAUGUACUGCCGGAGGGUGUAAGUGUGAAGCUACUGAUGGACAGCUGGACCACGCAGCCGGGCUAUCCGGUGCUGAACGUUCGUCGUAACUACGACGAUGGUUCAGUCAUCCUCUCCCAGGAGCGAUUCUAUGCUGACAAGCGCGUGACGAACGAUAACCUCUGGUACAUUCCGUACUCGUACGCUACCGCCUCCGAUGCCGACUUCGAGGAUCUCUCCGAGUUCCAAUGGCUUGCGAAGCAGGCCGAACGGGUCGAGACCGGCGUUGCCGCCGAUGAUUGGAUUCUGUUCAACAAGCAGCAGGCGGGAUACUAUCGUGUGAACUAUGAUGCACACAACUGGCUGCUGCUGGCAAGUGCUCUCCGUGCCGAUCCGGAAGCCAUCCAUCGCUUCAACCGGGCGCAGCUGAUCAACGAUGCCUUCAACCUGGCUCGGGCCAACCGCCACGAUAUGGCGCUGGCGCUGGACCUGCUGACGUAUCUCUCGGGUGAACACGAGUACGUCCCGUGGGCUGCGGCCAACGGUGUGCUGAACUACUUCUACAACAAACUCCGCGGAACGGCCAACUACCACGAUUUCAUCGUCUACGUUGAUGCCCUUAUCGGGCAUGUGUUCGACACGCUGGGCGACAUCACCACCGUGCCGGAAGAUGAAACCUUGCUGCAAAAGUAUCUCAAGCAACUCAUCUCGACCUGGGCCUGCCGCGUCGGAUACACCGAGUGUCUCCGGCAGACGACUGAGGCGCUGCAUACGGCCGUUGAAACCAACACUCCGGUCCACCCGGAUGUCUCGUAUGUCGUGUACUGCUACGGCCUGAAGGGAGCGACCGAUGACGAGUACCGGUGGCUUUUCAACCAGAUGAUCUCGUCGGGCAACGAAGCCGAACGGUCCGUACUGAUCGAUGCCCUUGGUUGUGCCCAGGACGAGAGCCAGCUCGUUUCCCUUGUCGCCGUCGCCAUCGGAGGCAACUCCGAGCUGAACAGUCUGCUGAACGGCGAACGCUCCCGUAUCGUGUCCUCGAUCUACUCCGCGGGCCGUGUCGGCGUCGAAGCUCUCGUUAAGGCACUGUCGGAUCCGCCGGUUGCACGCGAAUUCGUUGAUCGGUUCGGCCAGGGUACGCUUAACAGUGUGGUGUCGAAUGUGGCCUCGCGCACCAACAACGACGGAGAGUUGGAGCAACUGGACCAGUUCCUUGCCGCUCUCGGCGAUCUGAUCAGCCCGGAAACGGCCGAAGCUGCUGUACGCACCGUCAAGACAAACGCCGCUUGGUUCGAGACGUUCGAAGGAGUUGUUUCUACCAACUACUUUGCCAACUUUGCCAAGUAA